CGAAAUGACUCAAACAGCUGUGUAAAAACUUUGUCGUUUUCUCACACACUGGUCACGGGCACACUGAAAGUAGCAUACGGUUGUUUUUUACGUAGAGAGUGCAAAAAAUUUAAAUGUAUUAGAGUUGAUUUAAGAAUAAAUUGCUAAUAAAUAGCACAGAAUAGAGACAGAUAUUCAAUUGCGGCCUGGCCUAAGCGUGGCCUGUAGCCAACCCCUGCUCCAAGCCCCUUUCCCCUCGCACGAUUGGUGUUUGUGUUGUGCGCGAAAUCAAUUACAGCCGCGGGGCCAACGUCGUAACGUGAAAAUCGAUUUCGGUUUUCUCGGCGCUGUGCAAGCAGCUGCGUCACAAAAUGUCCAAGUGCAAUGAUGUUACAGAAAUAGAAAUGGCAUCGCAGACCGCUGGGAGAACAACUGACGGCCUUCGUCAUCAUCCCAUUCACCACACAUCAUCCCGGCCACAGGAUUGCGCGAGGAAUAUGUUCCUGCUCGUUGCCGUGGUAGCAACAAUGACCACCGGCUGCAGUGCCACGGACACGGACAUUGCGCUGGAUGCCAAGGCCACGUUGAACCAUCGCAUCCAAAGCCUCGAUCUGCUGGUCUUUGUGUUCCUCCUGGCGCUAACAGUCCUUACCAUUUGGCUGUUCAAACACCAUCGCGUCUCCUGGCUGCACGAGACCGGCCUAGCCGUCAUCUACGGCUUGAUUGUGGGUGCCAUUAUACGAUAUGCGGGCAACUCCACUCCUCUGGUCCACAUACAGGUAGAGCCCCAGGGUACACCAUCGUACAGCGAUAAGCUGCCUCCUGAUACGCUUUGGUUUAAGUAUCCCGUUAAUCAGACGAACGGGACAAAGCUGCCGGAGGGCAUUAAGACGUACGCGUAUGUGUUCCGUGGCCAGGUCCACGAUGUGGAUGAGAAUGAAAUCGAUUUGAAGGCCACCUUCGAUCCGGAGGUGUUCUUUAACAUUAUCCUACCGCCAAUUAUAUUCUAUGCGGGAUACAGCUUGAAGAAGAAAUAUUUCUUUCGUAAUUUGGGUGCCAUACUGACAUUUGCCAUUGUGGGUACCACAUUGUCGGCCUUUCUCAUUGGCGGCUUCAUGUACGGCUGUGUGAAACUGAUGCCAAAGUACUUGAGUAGCAGUUUCACAUUCCUGGACACACUCUAUUUUGGAGCCCUCAUUUCGCCCACAGAUCCGCUCACCAUUCUAGCCAUAUUCAAUGAUCUUCGGGUCGAUGUUAAUCUCUAUGCGCUAGUUCUGGGCGAAUCUGUGUUGAACGAUGCGGUGGCCAUUGUCCUCAGCGGAGCCAUUCAAAAUUAUGGCGAACAUUACUCCAAUACGGGGGAGUUUGAGACCACAGCUUUUUUGCGUGCAAUGAGCGAUUUCUUUUCCAUAUUCUUCCUGUCGCUGCUGAUUGGUGCAGCCAUGGGCUGUUUUACGGCUUUGUUGACCAAGUUUACGCGCGUACGCGACUUCCCCCUGCUGGAGUCUGCGCUCUUUGUGCUGAUGAGCUACAGCACCUUUCUGCUCGCCGAGGCCACAGAGCUGACGGGUGUGGUGGCCGUUCUAUUCUGCGGCAUCUGUCAGGCGCACUACACGUACAACAAUCUGUCCGAGGAUUCACGGCAACGCACCAAACAGAUCUUUGAGUUGCUCAACUUUCUGGCCGAGAACUUUAUCUUCUCUUACAUUGGCGUGUCGAUGUUCACGUUCCCCAAACAUCACUUUGAUGCUGGUUUCAUCAUCACCGCUUUCAUCUGCGCCGCCUUGGGACGGGCCGUGAAUGUGUAUCCCUUGUCCUGGUUGCUCAACAUCAGGCGGAAGCCAAAAAUCUCAUCCAAUUUCCAGCAUUUGCUCUUCUUUGCGGGCUUACGUGGUGCCAUGUCUUUUGCCUUGGCCAUACGGAAUACGGUUUCGGAUGCACGACAGACCAUGUUGACAGCCACAUCGUUGAUUGUCAUCUUUACGGUCAUUAUACAGGGCGGGGCAGCCAAUUUUCUGCUCAAUUGGUUGAAAAUACCUGUUGGCGUUGACGAUGAGACUGAACAAUUAAAUAAUUACCAAGUGCACAGUGUAUACAAUUCCAUGGACAAUUCACAUCCGCAGACGUCUGAUGGUUAUUUGCAGGACGUGGAAAGCGGUGGCGGAGGUCGUGGCAAGAUGCGUUUGUCUGGGGGCGGCACGGAGUCCAAUGUGGACACGCCCGUGGACGGGCCGAAUGGAAGUCUGGGCAGCACAGGCGGCAGCGUCAACGGCGGACGUCGUCGCAAUAGUCACGAGAAGGCCAUACUGGCCAGGAUCUGGGGUAGCUUCGACACGAAGUACAUGAAGCCCCUGCUGACGCAUUCGCGGCCCACGCUGCUGGAGACGCUGCCCGUUUGCUGUAAUCCCAUUGCCAGGCUGCUCACCACCACGCAGCAGCUAACACAGGAUGGCAGCGAGUUCAGGCGCGUUGACUCCGACUCGGAUAUCUGCAUAGACAACGAUACUGGGAAUGGUCUCAGCCAGGAUGGCCUGGCCGGUGCUGCAGUUGCAGCUGGUGCCCCGUUGGGGCGGCGCAACUCAUUAAGUCGCAUGGAGAUUCUGGAGCACGUUCAAAGUCCGGUGUCAACGAGAGUCCGACUUUUAGGAUUUUAUGGGAAAAAAUUAUAAAAAAAAACCGCGAUUUAAAACAGUCGUGUUUGAUUUUUGAAAUGCGAGUCUUUUACACAAAAUAAAAUUAUAGGAAAAGCUUUUUCGAUUCCGCAAACAAUAACUAGUGUAUGUAUAUAUUUUCGACAACUGAUAUUUGUGCAUUCAGUUUUAUUUUUAAACUUAAAUGCUUUUCGAGUUGCUGAUCUAUUGUAAUUGACGUUUUUGGUUCAUAAUUAAUUUCUACGAAAAAACUUCUUAUUAUUAUAUACAUAUACUGUAUUUAAAUUAAAGCGAAGCUCUCUGAAUAUAUUAAUUGUUGUGCUGUUAUUUUUAAGUCGAAAAUCAAUAAAAAAAAAAAAUACAUAUAAAAAA